CGCGCGGGGGAGGCUUGGCUGCGGAGCGCCGUGUUGGGUCCGCGCCUUGGGGUGCCGAGAUUCCCGGCCGCCCCGUGAGGGUUGGCCACUCGGCGCUCUUCCGACACCCCGGAGCCUCCCACCUUGGUGCUGACAUUCCCAGUGGUCUGGAGCAGGAGCCGAGAAACUGCACCUAACCUUUCCCCAGCAGUGGAGACUUGCAAAUGUUGAACCAGUAUCUAAGCUGGGCCCCACCCAGAUGUAGGCAUAGGAGCUGGGCAGGAAGCAGGCUCUGGAGCUGGGCCUUCCGUGGUUCCCUUCCCACCAGCUAAGAGCAGCAGGGGGAGGAAUCACUCAGCAGACACCUACCUGGAUAUAUUGGCUGACCUGAGUUCACAGAUCUCCAACUCCAGGGGAGGGACCAGAGUGUGUUAACUCUGUAGGCAGAAUUGAUAAACCUCCCUUCCUCUCCCAGGGAGCCCAGUGGAGGCGCCCUCCCGAGGCGCUGCUGCCCAUGCUGACCACCCAGCUCUCCACCUGCCGAUGUCAUGAGUAACACGACAGUGCCCAAUGCCCCCCAAGCCAACAGUGACUCCAUGGUGGGUUAUGUGUUGGGGCCCUUCUUCCUCAUCACCUUGGUCGGAGUGGUGGUGGCUGUGGUAAGGAGCCUCCGACAUACACAAAUAGACAUCCACACCUUUGCCAAGGUAAUGUAUAUCCAGAAGAAAAAGCGGGUGGACCGCCUUCGCCAUCACCUCCUCCCCAUGUACAGCUACGACCCUGCUGAGGAGCUGCAUGAGGCAGAGCAGGAGCUUCUCUCUGAUGUGGGAGACCCCAAGGUGGUACACGGCUGGCAGAGCGGCUACCAGCACAAGCGGAUGCCCUUGCUGGAUGUCAAGACCUGACCCCAUAGCCCUGACCUACAGAACCCCUAGGGUGGGUCUUACAGUUGCCCCAAGCACUGGGCCUUCAAUUCUCCUUUCCCACUUAUCCACCAACCCUGUGG